CUGUCAGUGAAUCGACAUGGCGUCAGGGUACAUACUCAAUCGUGGUGCGUUAACAUUAGGAAUUCAUUGUCAGCGUGUUUGCAGAAAUAUAUCGUUAUCACAGGUUAGAGAGAAGAAGCGAUGGAUGAAAGCGUACACAUACCUCAUGGCAAAGAAGUUAAAGCUUGAGGGACCGCCGCCACCGAAGCCACGCUCUCAACAGCCUCAGUGGGAUUACCAUGCUGAGGUUCAGGCUUUCAGCACCCGCCUCCAUGAGAACUUCUCCCCGGAGCUACUGAAAACAGCCUUCAUCAAUCCCUGUUACCUGCAGGCGGAGCAGGAGAGGAGACAGGAUUUAGGCGUGGACUCUGAGACCACGGCUCUUGUUCUGAAAGAUAAUAUUAAGCUGAGUACAAAGGGAGCCGGUUUCACCAGAAGCUUCCUGACCGACUGGUGCAGGCACAGUUUCCCGAGCCUGCCGAGCGAGGGGGUGGAGAGUAUCAUAGGACACCUCACUAGUUCAGCAGUUGUGGCCUAUGUAGCAAGAAAUCUCGGCAUUGAAGACCUGACCAUGAGCGCAGAAUUCCCUGUUCCUGAUGAUGUGCUCCAUGCUACAUUCAUGGCAGUGAUUGGAGCUCUACAGGAGAGCAGUGGAGAAGAGCGAGCAGGAUUCUUCUUAAGGGAUUUCCUGAUCACUCAGCUGAUAGGAAAGGACCUGUUUGAUAUGUGGACAGUGGUCAACCCCAUGGGACUACUGGUGGAGGAGCUUACCAAGAGGAAUGUCCCUCUGCCAGAGCCUCGCCUUAUCAGGUCUGCUGGAGCCAGCACCGUCCUGCCACUAUACUUUGUCGGCUUGUACAGUGAUAAGAAGCUUCUGGCUCAGGGUCCAGGAGAGACACCUGUAGCGGCUGAGGAGGAGGCAGCUCGUGUGGCCCUCCGGAAACUCUACGGCUACAAUGAGAACCGCAGACCGUUUGACUUCUCUCCACAACAGCAGCAUCAGCAGCCUUUAAUUCAGUCAAUCAGCAGCAAUUAAUGAAGUAACACCUCUUGUGCUACAGCAGAAAAUCAUUUCAAAGGGUGUAGUUGAACAGGAAAAGUGGCUUGAAUCUACUUAAUAGAUCAUUUGCAAUACAGUACAUCUUGUUUGAGGACUACAGACCUAGUACGGAUUGUAAGGAGAAAGUAAAGGAAAAUAAGGUCGCCAUCUACCUUGUUAAACAUCAGUCCAACAAUGCACUUGUCAGGAUUGAGUCUCUCGGGUACCCCAGACAGAGGAGAGCAAAAUAAGCCUUGCUGUCCUAAUAAAAAGUGUGACUAUGGUGUAAGAUCCAGGUUUCCACUGAAUUGGACCAUAAUCUAAUCUAAGCAUAUUUGGGUCAGUUGUACAUAAUCAAGAUUUCUGCCCACUGGUCUUGCAGCUUGCUCUGGCUAAUAACCUGUAGGCUCAGCAGUCCAUCACACAAAAUAGCCCUGAGAUCUGGUUGUCCUUGUAAAUAAUGCCAUUGCCAUUUGGUUUCCUUGGUAUUCUAUUAUAAUGCAUUGGUCAUCUGUAAUAAAAAGUAAUAAGUAUGUGUACAUCAUAAAUUUGUUCAUGCAUGUUUCUUUUGAUUGUGACUUUUUCUUCCUUAUUUUCGUACUGUUUGUUCUUUUAUGGGGAAUUAAUAUGUGGAUAUAGAUAACUACACAUUCGCCCUACUUACGUUUUAUCUGUAGGUUGUUCCUGAAGAAUUUCAUUUUCAUUCACCCUCCUGAACCUAUUAAAGUUUAGAUCAGAGAGUGUGUGUCAACAGGAUUUUUCUUUGAACUGGAUUUCUGCAGAGGAUAACCUGAUUAGCCAUUAUCCU